AUGCCCAGCACCGACUGUCUCCAACCCUCCCUCACCCCCGAGGAGCGAUCCAUCGUCAAAGGCUACGGCGGCUGGACAGCCUUCAUGCAGAGCUUUCUCCUGAAGCCGUCGGAGAACGACGACGUCGAGGAAGCCAAGGCUAUCUUGAAGGGGUUGGCGGUAGGGGAAUAA